AUGUCAGCAACACUUGAUGAUAAACUGUUAAGUAAAUAUUACAAAGAUGCAUGUGUGGUUGAAGUUCCUGGUCGAGCGUUCCCAAUCAAAGAUAUUUAUGCUAUGGAAGAUGCUGAAAAUCAUGUUGAUGAAGCAGUAAAUAAAGUUCUGGAAAUUUAUACUAGUGGCAUUCCAGGUGACAUACUUAUUUUUCUUACGGGUCAGGAUGAGAUCAAUCAAGCUAUCGAUAAAGUUACGAGAAAAAUUGACUCUUCAGAAUCGACUCUUGUUUUACCAUUGCAUGGUAAAUUAAAUGAAGAUGAAAUACAAGCCGUAUUUACGACAAAGAAUAACAAGAAUCAACGUAAGAUUAUUUUUUCGACCAAUGUGGCUGAAACAUCAAUAACCAUUGAUGGCGUUCAACAUGUCAUAGAUUCAGGCAUGGUCAAAGAAGUCAUGUGGGAUACUAGACGACAUAUACGAGUACUCAAAAUUGGCUAUACAACACAAAGUUCAAUAAAGCAACGACGUGGUAGAGCUGGACGAACGUCCGCAGGAACGUGUUAUCAUCUUUACACAUAUGAUACUUAUCAAUCACUGGAUGUUUGUUCUCGUGCAGAAAUUCUUUGUAUUCAACCGAGCAUAGCGGUACUGAAACUAAAACAUCUUGAUAUAGUCGAUGAUAUUACGAAGUUCGAUUGGUUAGAAUCACCUUCGAAUAAUAGUCUUCAAGAAACUGUUAAGAGUUUAACAUGGCUUGGUGCAAUUGAUUCAAAUACCGGCAAGUUGACUGACCUAGGUCGUAGUAUGGCUAAACUCGGCCUUGAACCUAUGCUCUCAGUUAUGAUUUUGACGGGACAAAAGCUCAACUGUCUUAGUUACAUACUUGCUCUUGUCGGUAUGCUGAGUGUAGUACAUAAUAUUUGGUGGCGUGGUGACAAUGAUCAAUCAAAACAAAUGAGUGAUGAGAUACGAGCUUCAUUCACUCGCGAUACCGAUGUGGGUGGUGAUUUCAUCGCUUUGUUACGGAUAUUUCUCGAAUGGCAGGGCAUAGGCGAAAGGAGAGAGCGUAGAAAAGCUUGGUGCAUUAAGCAUAUGAUAAGAUGGAAGUCAAUGACGAUGGCGAAUAGUCUCGUUAGAGAAUUAAUAUAUCAAAUAGAUCCAAAAUUUCAAGUUCAUUUGACUGAAUUGAACGAUAAGCUAAUGGAACGAAUCGUACGCUGUAUAUGUGCUGGUUUUUUUCAAAAUUUAGCUAUUUCAAACGGACCUAUUCAUGCUGGAUAUCAACUAGCUACUGGUACUACAGAUACAGUUGCGCACAUACAUCGUUCAUCGGUAAUUACCUUUGCACGACAGGCGCCCAAGUUCAUACUGUAUCAUGAAAUAAUCAAUAUUAACGAGACAAAUUAUCUAACUGUAAUGUGUCCCGUCGAGCUCGAUUGGCUUAAUAAAUCAUGGUUGGACUCGUUACCACGUUCACCUGCACAGUGUGCAUUUGAUAAUUAUACGUUUGUAAAUCUUGGUCCGGCAUUAUUACUUGCACUUGUUGGAAAAAAAUGUAAAAAAGUGCCACAACUUGAGGAGCAAUUACAUGUCUUGUUUGAAGUUGAUCGUGCACAGUCGAAGCUUACCAUUUGGGGACAGUCAGAAAAACUCUUCAAUGCUCAACAAUGUCUUCAUCAAAUUUUGACUAGAGAACGAGACAAACUACGUAAUGAAUUGCAAGAAUUUCAUAUUGUUGGUUCGACUAGAAUCUUACUUGGAGCUGGUGCUGAGCCUCGACUAGCGUUGGUUGAAGAUGAAUACAUCAAAAUCUUUCUCAAAAAUUUACCAAAAAACAUCACUGAAGAACAAAUUCAAGAAAAGUGUCAAUUAUACGGACAAGUUCAAAAUGUGACCAUAAUUCGAACAAACUAUAAUAACAAUUCGGCUUCUGUUACCUAUGCUACGUGCAACAAUGCGCGACUAGCGGCUACUCAAUUAUCAUGUGAAAAAUGGAAUGAAUAUCAAAUAUAUGCAAGUCCAAGUUAUACACGUACAUCAGUCGAUACUAACAAGCAGAAUUACAAAUUAAAGGCUCAAUGGUUUAUGACUGAAUCUGAAUGUACUGGACGCAUAGCAUUUAAUAAUCUCCAAGCAGCACAACAAGCUUAUCAACUGUUGACAAAUCGUUGCCAUUUUCGCUGUCAAUUUGAAAUAAAUUCCAUCAAUCCAACGGCUAAAUGUUCGUGGCCAUUGAAACCACAUUAUGGUCAUGCAAUUGUCAAUUUUUCAACAGUUGAACAAGCUCAGGAGGUCAGCUACACGAUUCUGUUCUUAUAA